UGAAGGUGGCCUGAAGAAUGCCAUGUCAUGUUUAUAUUUACGAAAACAAACGUUAAUUUCUUGAAAAUUUAAUUUUUUAAAAUGAGUAACAAAACAAGUGAAUUGUGUAUUACAAGUCUAAACGAAACAGUGCUGUUACGCAUUUUCAAAUUGCUGAAUUGGAUUGAUUCGAUUAAUUUGUCAGCUACGUGUAAACGUAUGAAAAAUAUAAACUUUUGGUUGUCAAAGCAGAACGAAGAGUUCGAUUUCAACGGAUUUGUGGAAAAUGCCACAGUUCCCAUCGGAAAUAUAUUGCCCGUAAUCGGACCAUAUAUUCGAGUAGCCAAAAUUUCCGAACAAGAAAUUAGAGAAUUGUUCAUGGUAAAUUGCUGUAACAUAAAAUCCCUGAAAAUCGAUGGGUCCAUCAGUCGCAGUGCUGCUAUUACAUUAAACACUUGGUUGAAACAGUUGAAGAUUGAGAGCCUAUCAAUUGGACAAACAUUUGAAGACCACGUAGAAGAGCUGUUGAACGGAAUCGAAGGGCUGAGGUCAUUUGUAUUUGAUAGUUUUCAAAAACUAUUGCCCGAGGACUUUUUUAACCAAAACACUUCGAUUCGACAUCUUCUCCUCAUUCUGGGAGAUUCACAGGAGUUGUCUUUGGAUUUAUCAUCCCUUCAAGUGCUGCACAGUCUCCAAAGUCUGUCGAUAACUACUGAACGAACGACUGUACUCAUCGAUGUCCGAAAAUAUGUGAAAAUAGAACAACUGCAGGAAUUUUCAAUUAAUAUCCUGGAUGAUAAUUGGGAUGCAUGUAUAUGGGACGAUUUCGCGACGUAUUUAGCAGAAAAUUCGAAAGUGGAUAAAUUGAGAAUGAACGGUUGCAUAGAUAUCGACCAUAGAACGUGUUCCACCUUAAAUUCAUUCAACUUAAAAUCACUUUGGUUGGAUGUUAGUGUUUCUUGGGAGGAUUUUACAUCGAGUUUUCGUGAAAGUGCAAUGCCCCGUCUAAAAUAUUUAAGAUUGGAAUGGCCUAUCUCAUGGUGCAGGACAGAAAAAAUUGGGCGUAUCCUGGACAUAUGGCCAACCGUCGAAGCGAUUUGUUUGAACGUACAGGAGGGAUCUUCUAAUCUUAUAAUGCAUUUCAAAGAUGAAUUCUAUGCCGACCUAUUGAAACGAUAUGACAAUCGACCAGGAUCAUCAGAAUUAAGAAUUCAUAUCUUCUCUUCUGAGAUAUCAUUCAACUUUGUUUCGAAGCGGUAUAACGUCAUUGAGGGCAAAGAAUGCUGCUCAUGCAAAGAGAGUUUUCAAUUGUGGGAUGAUGACCGUGUUAAAUGUAAUUUAUGAGCACAAUUGUUUUAAAAUGAAAUGAAUUUUGUUGCAACUUGAU